AUGAGCUUCUACCGCGGCACCGCGUCGCACCCGUGGCACGACCUGUCGCCCGGCGUCGACGCGCCCGAUGUUGUGCACGCGGUGAUCGAAAUCCCGCGCGGCUCCAAGGUCAAGUACGAGCUUGACAAGGACACUGGCCUCUGCUACGUCGACCGCAUCCUGUACUCCAGCGUGGUGUACCCCCACAACUACGGCUUCAUCCCCAAGACCCUCUGCGAGGACGCCGACCCCCUCGACGUGCUCGUGCUCAUGCAGGCAGGCGGCCGGCUUGAGUCCGUGGUGCCCAUGUGCUUCCUGCGCGCCAAGCCCAUCGGCGUGAUGCAGAUGCUCGACCAGGGGGAGCAGGACGACAAGCUGCCACUGGCCGGAAGGAUGGUGGCAGGCGGCGGCGCGGAAUGA